CUUCCCUCUCCCCUUCACCACUUCCCUCCCUUUCUACCCAAGCUAAGCUACCACCUACCUAGCUCUCAAUUAUUAUUACUUCAUUUAUAUCACUUCUUUACUCUUCAAUGGCUGAUUCUGCCUCAGCCUCCUCUUCCACCAGAAUGUGGUGCUCCGUCCCGGAACGCGUUCAGCUGCAUGCGGCCAUGUUGGCCCUGCAGUUUGGCUACGCCGGAUUCCACGUCGUCUCUCGAGCUGCCCUUAACAUGGGCAUUAGCAAACUUGUUUUCCCAGUCUACCGCAACGUUAUUGCCCUAUUCCUGCUCCUUCCUUUUGCCUACUUCUUGGAAAAGAAGGAGAGGCCUGCCAUUACUUUAAACUUCCUCUCACAGUUCUUUCUUCUGGCGCUUGUCGGGAUUACUGCGAACCAAGGUUUCUACUUGCUUGGUUUGGACAACACAUCACCAACGUUUGCAUCAGCGAUACAAAACUCUGUCCCAGCCAUUACAUUUCUGAUGGCAGCCAUAUUCAGGAUAGAGCAAGUUCGGGUG